AUGACGUCAUUAUUAGCUGGGAAAAUCUCUGUUAUCACCGGGGGAGCGUCCGGCAUAGGAAGAGCAAUUUGUCAAAAGUUUGCUGAUCAGGGAGCUAAGGUUGUUGUCGUAGAUCUACAGUUAGCUUCAUCCAAUGACGUCGCCAACAGCUUGGGAUCGAAGGGGCAUACCAGUUUCGCUUGUGACGUAAGCCAGGCCGCUCAAGUUAAUGCUUUGAAAGAAUUUGUCUUAAAAAAUUAUAAUCAAUCACCUGCUGUUGUUGUUAAUUGUGCUGGAAUCACUCAGGAUUCAACCCUCUUGAAAAUGACUGAAGAGAAGUUUGACAAUGUAGUUGCUGUUAACUUGAAAGGAACUUUCUUGAUUAAUCAAGCGUUCGCUAGAGCUUCUGUUGAAAACAAGACACCCUUGUCCAUUGUUAAUGUCUCUUCCAUCAUUGGAAAGGUUGGUAACUUCGGACAAGCGAACUAUGCAGCUACCAAAGCAGGAGUUAUUGCUUUCAGUAAAAGUGCGGCGAAAGAGUUGGCAAAGAAGGGCGUGAGAGUCAAUUCAGUCCUUCCAGGAUUCAUUACUACACCUAUGACACAAGCUAUGCCACCACAAGUGUUGGCUGAUAUAUGUGCAGGAAUACCCAUGGGACGUAUGGGCGAUGCUAGUGAAAUAGCUGAUGCAGCUCUAUUCUUAGCCUCGGAUCUCUCAACGUAUGUUACUGGCACAACGAUCGAAGUCACCGGAGGACUUCAUGCUUAG